CCUACUGAUCUCUGACCAAAAACAGGCUCAUUGGCAAUCUCCCUACUCAUCUCUGCCUUGAUCUGGCACAUCUCCUCAUUGGAGGAGUUAGCCAUAAGGAAAGGAAGGAAGGAUCUCUGCCUUGAUGAAGGCUUCCUUCAAUCUCCAAGGCGUCUUAAAACUAGUAUGCUGCAACGAAUUUCGGAACACAUUUUACAGUACUGCCAGUGUUUACAGUGUGUUACGGAACGCACCCCAAAUUAGCGCAGUUUUUUGCUGAACGCAGCCAUUGUCAACAGUUUUCGAAGUGUUUGAAUAUCAGAAUUUGGCACUUGGCCCUCUACGAGGGCAUAAAGCCACAAGGAACAAAGAGAAGAAGAAGAAUAUCAGAAUCUUUUAGCUCAGAAUUCAGUGAAGACUCACCACGUGAAUUGUCUAUCUGUAUCAAUCUGCAUCCAUUCAUUUCAAUUGCUUGGGAAUAGAGAAUAUUGAAAUUUCAGAAUUCUACGUUUUAUUAUAACAGUUACAAGUUUAAUUUCACCGGUUCAAUGGAUAAAAGAGAUAAAAGUGAUGUGCUUCAGCACGAUUCCCAGUGCGUUGAAAAGGAUAAGGAGUCUAUUUUAAUAUCCGAUAGUGAAGAUGAGGAUACUAGUCAUUACUUGCAACGAGCACAUGCACCAUGGAUUAUCGACGGCAGUGAUGAAAGUGAUCAAGAUGAUGGGAACAAUAUCGUCUGCGAAAAUACUUCAAGGGAUUCAGAGCUCGAAGAAAGCUUUCCAAAAUCAAGAAGUAACAAUAGAGGUGUAGUUAAAACAUUAUUUGAUGAUGAAAGUGAUGAAGAAAAUGUUAAUUAUACUGUAAGCGAUAAUGAUAGUGUGCAUGAUGUUGAACAUUACGAUGGACAUGAAAUUAACAAUGAUUCUGACAAAUUAAAUAUGCAUGUUUUUGAAAAUGAAGAUAGUCCAUCUAAUGAUAAACCAAAGAAAAAAAAUGGUAGUGAAUCCUCAACCACUUCUGAAGACUCUUAUAGUAAAUCAGCAUCAAAUCUUAAGAAGGAAAGUCCAAUACAAGAUAAGUUUCUUGAUCUUGCUAUGUCAUUUGCAAAACAAGAAAUUGGUGUUGAUACAUAUCCGUUUCUUUAUUCUGAAUCAGUGUCCCUGUUAAUGAAAAAAAAUGGUGGUGAAUCCUCAAGCACUUCUGAAGACUCUUAUAGUAAAUCAGCAUCAAAUCUUAAGAAGGAAAGUCCAAUACAAGAUAAGUUUCCUGAUCUUGCUAUGUCAUUUGCAAAACAAGAAAUUGGUGUUGGUAAUGUAGAUCCAGUUUUUGCACAAAAAAGAGCAACGUUAGUUUGCAAUAUGGAACAAAUCAAAAGUCAAGUGACUAAAUCCAAGUUACUAUUGAGUGCUGCCAAUCUUAAUUUACUGCCUGAUAGAGGAGAAAAGUUGCGACAAAGUAUAUAUUGUCAAGAAGAAAAAUUGGCAAAACUAACAGAUGAACUAAAGAAUUUGCCUUUGACAAAACCAAUGGCUCUUCCUCAGUCUGAAAGUCUUGCAGGAACAUCUAGCCAGAUUCAUUCUAUAAAGAAUUCCUACAAACUGGAGGUAUUACCUCCAACAAAUAAACUACUUGGCAAAAAAGCUCAGGAAACUUUUGAUCGAGAACGUACAUUGACCAUAGAAAGACUGGAAGAUCUUCACGCAUCCCUUGUACGACGUCCCACAGACGAUCAGGCAGCGACUGAUCCAAGAUGACUGAAAGUUUCUUUAAUGUUUCAUCAACAGCAUGCUCUUGCUUGGCUUCUCUGGAGAGAGCAGCAAAAACCUGCUGGUGGAGUAUUAGGUAAGAAAAAGUGUAAGAGAGAAUUAAGAUAAUCCGUUUAAUUUCAGAUUAAUUGGAAGAGAGUGAUUCUUGGCGAGGCACAUGUAAUAAGAAAUCACAAAAGCCAAAUAUCAGAGUCUGUUUGUAAGCUCGUAGCACGUAGGCGUUGGGCAUUAACAGGGACACCGAUUCAGAAUAAAGAAACGGACAUGUAUGCUAUCCUUAAAUUUCUGAAGUGUUCUCCAUUUGAUGAUCUGCGAGUAUGGAAGCACUGGGUGGACAAUAGAAAUGCAAGUGGACAACAAAGAUUAGCCACAGUCAGCAAAAGUUUAAUGUUGCGUAGAACGAAGCAAGAGUUGCAAGCUAAAGGCUGCUUAAAUAAUUUGCCAGAUAAAUGUCUUGAAUUGGUAGAAGUAAAUCUCGAUCCGGAAGAACAGUUGGUCUAUGAAAAGGUUCUAGUAUAUUCAAGAACCCUUUUUGCACAGUUUCUUUCACAAAGGGCGGAAAAGAACCAUACGAAUGAACUAAAUGCUGGGAAAUAUGAUAAACCAUACUUCAUGUCAGAAUGUAAAACAACCCAAUUCACAAAAGCACAAAAUCAAUUGCUCAGUCUUCAUGCGGAUGUUAAGGCUCACCAGAUUUUGGUGCUCUUAUUAAGAUUACGACAAGUCUGUUGUGAUCCAGCUUUGAUACAUGCAAUGUUAGAUCAAGAGACAGAAAGUAUGGGGAGACAAAAGGGGAUGUAGGAUAAAGACACAGAAAUUGUAGUUGACGAAAGAGUAAUACAAAACUUGCUUACUUCAAAAAAUCCAGUUUUUAAACCAGAGCGUCAGAGUUCCAAGAUGAGGAGUGUACUUACCAUGGUACAAGAAAUUAUAAAUAAAGGGGAUAAAGUUAUCGUUGUGUCACAAUGGACUAGUAUGUUGAAUGUUAUGGCAAUGCAUCUCAAUAAUUUAAAAGGGGCCACUUAUAGAAUAUUCUGUGGAACUGUCGCUGUGAAGGAUAGAGAGGAAAUAGUAAACGUCUUCAAUGAGGAGAAUGCUGAUCCGAAAAUUCUGUUGUUAUCUCUCACUGCUGGUGGUGUUGGUUUGAACUUAGUCGGUGGAAAUCAUUUAAUUUUAUUGGACGUACACUGGAACCCGCAAUUGGAAUCCCAAGCACAAGAUCGUAUAUAUCGAUUUGGUCAAAAAAAGGACGUUUAUAUUUAUAAGUAUAUUUGCAAAAAUACGAUAGAAGAACGCAUAAAACUGCUUCAAGAUAAAAAACUUGAGAUAGCUGAUAAUCUUCUGAAUGGAGCUGGAACAAAACUGUCUUCAAAACUAACGAUCGAUGAUCUAAAAUCUUUAUUUAGCAUUUAAUAAUUUAUAAAUUAUGCGUAAUAAUUUCCACUACUGUAAUAAAGACUUUUGUAAUUUGAAA